GCGUCGUUCUUGUCGCCUUGUUGCAUCGUUGUAGAAGGCUAAAAGAGCAUCCAAGCUGUUGCUAUCUAUUACAACCAAAAUAAACCACCUUUCUCAACUUCAAACUCCACAACCGCAUCCGAAUAUAUCCUAUCAAGAAUCCCGACCAUUCGAAUUCCUACAUCGUCUUACUGAAAGCUUCUUGACCUACCAAGAACAAGAUGGGUCAACAACCAUCCGGCCUUGGUGGUAAUCAGCCAGGUGGAGAUGGAAAAGAUGACAAGUCUAAGAAGAAGGAUAAGCCAAAGUACGAGCCACCACCAAGACCAACAACUAGAAUCGGUCGCAAGAAGCGUAAGGCUGCAGGACCAAAUGCCUCCGCAAAGCUACCAGCCGUCUAUCCGACAUCCCGAUGCAAACUCCGAUAUCUUCGAAUGCAACGGAUUCACGAUCAUUUGCUCCUCGAAGAAGAAUAUGUUGAGAACCAGGAACGUCUGAGAAAGGCCAAGGCUGCAAAGGAAGGGACAGCAGCACCCGCUAAUGCUGGAGGUGACGCAGAUGCCGCUGACAGAAACGCCGAUGAGAGAGGUCGUGUUGAUGAUAUGCGUGGUAGUCCAAUGGGUGUUGGAACUUUGGAGGAAAUGAUUGAUGAUGAUCAUGCUAUCGUUUCGAGUACCACCGGACCGGAAUACUACGUCUCCAUCAUGUCUUUUGUCGACAAAGAUCUCUUGGAGCCAGGUGCGAGUGUAUUGCUGCAUCACAAAUCCGUUUCGAUUGUUGGUGUUCUUACCGACGACACGGAUCCUUUGGUUUCAGUGAUGAAGCUUGACAAAGCUCCAACGGAAUCUUACGCAGAUAUUGGUGGUCUCGAGUCGCAGAUUCAAGAAGUGCGAGAAUCAGUCGAGCUACCAUUAUUACAUCCUGAAUUAUAUGAGGAGAUGGGUAUCAAGCCCCCCAAGGGUGUUAUUCUUUAUGGUGCGCCAGGUACCGGAAAGACUUUAUUGGCAAAGGCGGUUGCAAAUCAAACAAGUGCAACGUUCUUGCGAAUUGUUGGUAGUGAGUUGAUUCAGAAGUACUUGGGUGAUGGACCUAGACUUGUUCGACAACUUUUCCAGGUUGCCGCCGAAAAUGCACCAUCCAUCGUCUUCAUUGAUGAAAUUGACGCCAUCGGUACUAAACGUUACGAAUCUACAUCUGGUGGAGAACGUGAAAUUCAAAGAACUAUGUUGGAGCUUCUUAAUCAACUUGAUGGUUUCGAUGACCGUGGAGACGUUAAGGUUAUCAUGGCUACAAACAAGAUUGAUACUCUUGACCCUGCUCUCAUUCGUCCAGGACGUAUCGACCGAAAGAUUCUUUUCGAGAAUCCUGACCAACAUACUAAACGCAAGAUUUUCACUCUUCACACAUCUAAGAUGUCCUUGAACGAAGAUGUCGAUUUGGAAGAAUUCAUUAACCAAAAGGAUGAUCUUUCCGGUGCUGAUAUCAAGGCGAUCUGUUCUGAGGCUGGUUUGAUGGCACUGAGAGAGCGUAGAAUGCGUGUCCAAAUGGCGGAUUUCAGGGCUGCAAGGGAACGUGUCUUGAAGACAAAGAGUGAGGGCGAACCUGAGGGUUUGUACUUGUAGAGGAGAGAUGGGUGCUGAGACGAGGGAGAUGUAAGAUGAGCUAGAGCGCCUGAUCAUUUUCGUAGCUCGUGUAUUCCAGAUAUCCCAUGGUUAAUGAAUGCAUUUAAUGGCUCGACAAAAAUUUGCCUCUUGAUUUGUUCUGCCGUACAAUAUAGGGUUAUAUGCAUGCCUAUUCAACUUAUAUUGGUGAUGGUAUGAUGUUACUUUUUUUUUUCUAUAUUUUCUAUGCUAUGAAUCUAAAUAUUUAUACAACUCGCCA